CAGGGAGGAGCUGUGAAACGUUGCUACAGGCAGUUCGUUCCUGUGCUGCUGGCGACGUUUUCGACCUCGCCAAAAUCAAAUGGGACCUGAAAACUAUAGCAACUCCGACGCUUUCGGACAUUUAGUAUAGCCAAAAGUUUAUUACAAUGGGAAGCUGGAAGAAUCACGUUCGUGCUCGACUGCAACAGAGAGACCAAACUGAGAAACUCCCAUACGCUGGCGUUUUCACAAGCUUGUCUCAGUUGGAGGAACGUUUUGAAGUUCGCAAACAAAUUUUGGAUGAAGUUGAGUUGAAGAGGUUAGAAAUUUUAGAACUAGGUGGGGUUGAAGUUGAGAAAAACACCAGUCUCCUUCAACUCCAACUGAGAGAGAGUGAACAUCUGUCAGAAAAGCUGUCUCAGACUGUCUCCGACCUGACCACCGUCCUGUAUCUGAAAGAGGCUGAACUGCAGUACUGGCAGUCACGUGUGUCCCAAUACCAUCGAGAGGCUCUUACUCUGGCUAAAGAGAGCAAAACCCUGAAGGCGACCCUUUCAGAAUAUGAGUUCACCGCAGAGUGUCAAUCCAAAGAGUUGGCAGCCGUGCGUUCGGCGCAGAAAGGACUAAAGGAAGAGUUGGCACAGGCUUGGAGAGAGAAAGAAGAACUCUUACAACGAUGGAUGGAGGAGAAGAGGGAGGAGGCAGACAGGUUGAAUAAGUACAACGACACACAGGAAAGGUGGCAACGUUUGGCCAAACAGCUGAAGAAGCACCUCCAUAGGGAAAUGAGAAAAGAGCAUGUCCCCAUAGUGACGAGCUCUUGGAGUGGUACAACAGAAACGUGUCCAUCAGUCAUUCAGAGGAUCAAUAAUACAACAGAUAUACACCGGGCUCUCUUGGACCACAACCAUGUCUCAGCUGUGUCAAAAGUCUAAUAUUCCCAUGGGAUCCUGCAGAUGACUGUUCUAAGCUCAAGGAUUACCCCUCUGGUUCCCCCAGUGCUUGUAGUUAUAAAAUGAAUUGCCCUUACGAGAUGUCAGAACAAUGACUAUGGAGUUGA